CCGUGAUAUAUGAUGACAGUCUGGCUCUGGCUCCCCCGUCUCGAGUGUAACGUGUGUGCUUGUGUGUGAAUGGCCCCACCAACAACUUUCAAUAACUGCCGGGUAUACUUGUACCGGUCAAAGAAAGUGUCAAAGACGCUACUUACGCAGUUAAGUGGCAGAUAUCGCUUCUAUAUCCUGCAUACCCCACAGCGAAAUUCUGAAGAAUACUGCCGGUUGAUGCGAGGUAGGAUUCCUUGGCAAAUCAGCUAAACAAGUUAUAAUAUUCAAGUUACUGUUUCUGGGCUACACAUGACUUGUAUGUAGCGCAGUGGAACAAAUACGUCAAAAGUUGGAAUCCAAGUUGCUUGUCGCUGAGCGGCUGGGCCGUUCAAGAUCAACGGUUUGACAGCCCUCAUCAAGAACUAGUGUUAAUAGUAUCCUUUUGUGGCAUAUAUCGCAUGACGAUGAAGAUACUCAAUCAACGCU